CCACAAAGAAAAAGUUGAUCGACAGUCAAACAGAGAGAAACAGAGAGACAGAUAGAUGGAAACUAUAAUGGAAGAAGUGGUGAUUGUGGGCGCCGGAAUAGCAGGCCUGGCGACGGCUCUGGCGCUGAAGCGAGUCGGGAUUCGAGCUCUGGUUUUGGAAAAGGCAGAGUGUCUCAGAACCACCGGAGCUGCACUGAAUCUCUUCCCCAACGCCUGGAUUGCACUCGACGCUUUGGGGGUUUCUCACAAGCUCACUCCCCUUUACGCUCCCCUGACCACCGGAUCCAUUACCAAUGUCGCCACCGGCGGCGUUCAGCAAAUCUCCUUCACCGGAGUUUUCUCGGGAAAUGGGGAAGGACCCAGACCCGUUCACCGGAAAAAGCUGCUGGAGGUUCUGGCGGAGGAGCUCCCGCCGGACACGAUUCGAUUCUCGUCCCAACUCGCUUCCAUCGAAACCCAACAAUUUCCCUCUAAAUCCGGCGCCUCCGCUGCUUCUCUGGCAGUUGUGCAUUUGAAAGACGGAACCACCAUCAAGUCUAAGGUUCUAAUCGGGUGCGACGGAUUGCACUCCAUGGUUGCACAAUGGCUAGGACUCUCAGCUCCAAUCCACUCAGGCCGAUCCGCGGCUCGUGGGCUAGCGGUUUACCCACAAGGCCAUGAACUCGGAAGCAAUGUCCAGCAGUUCGUCGAUAUCGGCAAAAGGGCCGGCGUCGUUCGCCUGAACGAUACCGAGGUGUUCUGGUUCAUCACUUGCGAAGGAGACUACAGAACAUACGACCCAAACACAAUCCAAGAUGAGGUGCUCAACCACCACGCAUCGAACUUCCCCUCGGCCUUCCUCGACGUGGUCCGCCACUCGGACCUCUCUUCCCUGUCGUGGGCGCCGCUGAUGAUGAGGAACCCAUGGAACAUCAUCGUCGGGAACGUGAGCAGAGGGAACGUGACGGUGGUGGGGGAUGCUUUUCACCCAAUGACGCCCGAUCUCGGGCAGGGCGGGUGCUGCGCUCUCGAAGACGCCGUGGUUCUCGGGAGGCACAUCGGGAACUCGUUGAUCGCGAACGGCGGCGGGAAGAAGUCGCUGGUGCCGGAGGAGGUGGCGGCGGUGUUGGAGGGGUACGCGAAGGAGCGGCGGUGGCGGGCGGCGGGGCUGGUGACGGGUUCGUAUGUGUCCGGUUGGGUGCAGCAGAGCGGGAAGAAUUGGUGGAGGAAGAUGCUGAGGGUUGUGUUCUAUAGCUACUUGUUUGUGAUGCUGGCUAGGUAUGUCAAGUUUGAUUGCGGGAAGCUGCCUGGUGGUGGUGAUGAUGAUCGGGUUGGUGAUGACCGGAAACCGGAUGGGUCGAGUAAGUUGGAUUAGGGUUUGGGUAAUUGGGUUGGGUGGUUUGGGUAGUGGUGAAGAUUUGUGGAUAUGUGAAAUGUUGUGCUUGUAAUGUUUUAAGUUUUUUUAUUGGUUUUUGGGUAGGUAUGGUUUGGUUCGGUUAAGCUAUAUGGUUUGUAUUUCAUUGAUUCAUUAAUGGCAAAUAAAGGAUGUUUACAAAGAGGUUUAGAUGUAAUUUGAGAGUGUACUCUAAAGGUGUUAAUAUAUGUAAGCAUUAUCAUUAGUUACCUAAGAUUUGUAUUCUUAAUGAUAUUUUACAACUACAAUUAAUGUUAUUUUAUAGGUCGGAAUAUGGUUAUUUUCGUAAUCAUAAACGUCUUUGGUCCACGUUGAGUUCUUGUCUCGAUUCACAGAUUGAUGCAGGUCGACACAUACGAGUAAAGAGUAACACUUUAGGUUCUCAUCUAAUUAUAAUUUGAUUAGAGCUAAAAAAAAGCUUUCAAUAAUUUAAACAAAAUUCCGCAUAAUGUAGAGAAAACGAAUCGAGAAUAGAAUGCGUUAGGUUACGUACUUAUGCAUAAUCAGAUCUAACAUAUUGAUUUUGAGCGGUGUUAGAUCUAAGAGGUGAGAUUAAAAAAAAUAUAUGUUUUAAUCCUUUGUAUCUUCUUUAUUUAAGUUAGAGUUUUUUUUUUCAUAGAUGGUACGGGUUUGUUAUCUACAAAAUGAUAUUCAUUUAUAAUAUAUUUUGAGUAAGAAACGGUGUACCAUAGUGACACCACUCGUAUUACCGUUAUUUUUAACUCAAUUUUUGAGAAACAUUUGAUGGUCAGAUCAAAACCAAACUGAACACAAUGAUUGUUCAGUCUUGGCCCUAACAUGUCUUUCACUAUUGGAGUGCGGUUCUCAUGAGUUUGGUCUGGUUGGCACCUGAACAUUGCGCACCCUUAACGAUCGGUAUAUUUCUAAUAUAAUGUACAACAACCAUUCUACUACAUACAUACCACCAUAGUACACUUUCUUACCAACAUGAUAUAUUCUUAUGUACUUCUAAGGAUUAGAGACAUGGUAUGGACUAUAGAGAAAUUUCACAAUACUAUAUAGUAUUGGUUAGGGGUGGGCAUUCGGUCGGUUCGGUUUCCACCGAGCCAAAAUUAUGAAUACCGGGUCCCCGAAUUCUCCCAAACCACAAACCGAAUUAUAAUUCGGUUCGGUCGAUUUAAACCGAACUAUAAUUCGGUUCGGUCGAUUUAAACCGAACUAUAAUUCGGUUCGAUUCGGUUUUUCACACAAAACCGAAUUUGUGAAACUACUUGUAUUUUCUCACUUUUAAAUUAUUUUUCACCUCUAAUAUAAACAAUAAAUAUCAAUUAUAUGCAUCAUCAAUGAUAAAACCAAACUUUUCAACACAUAAGUCAUAAAACAUUUCAAAUAUUUAAGUCUAAAAACAACUACAAACAUAAAAAUCCACCAUUUGGAGCUUGUAAUUAUAGUAUUUCGGUUUUUCGGUCGGAAAUUCGGUUCGGUUGAAAGAACCUUGAUUUCCGAACUAUCCAUAUUUUCCUUCCGAAUUCCGAACCGAAUAGCAUUAAUUCGGUUUCGGUUCGAUUUAAUUCGAUUUCGGUUCGGUUCGGGUUUACCGAACCGUUUGCCCACCCCUAGUAUUGGUCCUAUAGGUUUUUGCCUUUAUGGUACAACUUAAAAUUGUACAUUUACGUUAUGUUACAACUUCAGAUCGUACCUAUACUUUUUGUACAAAUUCUUUUAUGGUACAACUUGAACUUGUACCUUUAUGUGAUGAUACAACUUCAAGUUGUAAAGUUGUACCAUAACAUAAUGGUACAAAUUGCUUUAUGGUACAACCUAAACUUAUACAUUUAAUGUUUUGGUACAACUUUGAGUUGUACAUUAUAGCACCAAUGCUAUAUAGCAUAGUAGAAGUGCUCCUAUACUAUAUAUUAGAUAUCAUUUAGAAAAAUACAAUUAAUCUAAUGCAAAAUAAAUUACAUUACAACUU